UGAUAAUAAUGUACGAACGAACGAACGAAAAAAUCGAUCGAUCAGAUAAGCGAAGAAAACUAUGAAGACGACAUUUCCAGAAAAGAAUGGUCAUAGUAAAUUGGAAACCCGUAUUUUUAAAAAAAUGUCACAAACAAAUUCCGAUACAACUACACCGAUUAAAAUCAACGGAAGUAGCCAUAAUCAUAAUCAUGUAAAUGAUAUGAUAGUUAAAACAGCCGCAUUAUCAUUAUCACCACAAAAACGACAAACAAAUCGUCUUAUAAAUCCUGCAACUAAAUAUGAUUCUGAAGAAUAUGAUGAUUAUAUGGCAAAAGGAAAUGAAGAUCGUGAAUUAAUUGUUGAUCGUUUGAAAGAACAUUAUCAUAAUAUUCUUUUGGAUAUUGGUGAAGAUCCAACUAAACGGCAAGGAUUGUAUAAAACACCAGAACGUGCAGCAAAAGCAUUUCGUUACUAUACUUGUGGCUAUAAUUUAAAACUUGAAGAUAUACUAAAUGAUGCUAUAUUCAAUGAAGAUCAUGAUGAAAUGGUUAUUGUUAAAGAUAUUGAAAUGUUUUCGCUUUGUGAACAUCAUUUAACACCGAUUAUUGGACAUGUAUCGAUUGGUUAUUUGCCCAAUAAACAAGUUCUUGGUCUCAGUAAAUUGGCACGAGUGGUAGAAAUGUAUUCAAGACGAUUACAGGUACAGGAACGUUUAACUAAACAAAUUGCUACGGCCAUUGUUGAAGCUGUUAAUCCAAGUGGUGUUGGUGUUGUUAUUGAAGCUGCUCAUAUGUGUAUGGUAAUGCGAGGUGUACAGAAAAUUAACAGCAAAACAAUAACCAGUUGUAUGUUGGGCGAAUUUCGUGAAAAUCCAAAAACACGUGAAGAAUUUCUAUCGUUAAUCCGUCGUUGAAAUA